CCCUUAUACCGCAAUCCGAUUUUAGAGAAGUGUUUGCACCUUUCCAUCUUCAAACAAACUACAUUCGCAGCCUUUGUCGGCACACUUCGAUUUUCCACUCCAAUUCCGAUUUUCUCUUCUCACCACUGUUCUAGGAAAUUUUCCCAGAAAAAUUCAUCCCUGUCUUCCCCACUCGCUCGAAAAUCCGAGCGACAAUAAGACCCUCUUUCGAUUCUCGCUCGCUUCGGUGUUCUUGUGGGAUUCUUUUUUUUCUCGCGCAGAGCAAAACCCUCUAGGGUUUGCGAGGAGCAAGGGCUAUGUCAGGCCUGGGGCAACUCAACGUGAACGAGUCACCUUCGUGGGGAUCCAGAAGCGUCGAUUGCUUCGAGAAGUUGGAGCAAAUUGGCGAGGGCACAUAUGGUCAGGUUUACAUGGCUAGAGAGAUCAAAACUGGUGAAAUUGUUGCUCUGAAGAAAAUACGAAUGGACAAUGAGAGAGAAGGGUUUCCUAUAACUGCUAUACGUGAAAUCAAAAUUCUAAAGAAACUACACCAUGAAAAUGUAAUCAAGUUGAAAGAAAUUGUGACUUCUCCAGGCCCUGAGAAAGAUGAACAAGGGAGGCCAGAUGGUAACAAAUAUAAAGGUGGCAUCUAUAUGGUCUUUGAAUACAUGGACCAUGAUUUGACAGGUCUUGCUGAUCGACCUGGAAUGAGAUUCACAGUUCCCCAAAUUAAGUGUUACAUGAGACAGCUUCUGACUGGGCUGCAUUACUGUCAUGUUAAUCAAGUACUUCACCGUGAUAUCAAAGGUUCAAAUCUUCUCAUAGAUAAUGAAGGUAAUCUAAAACUUGCAGAUUUUGGACUGGCACGAUCAUUUUCUAAUGAACACAAUGCAAAUCUUACAAAUCGUGUCAUCACAUUAUGGUACAGACCCCCUGAGCUGCUCCUUGGGACAACGAGAUAUGGACCAGCUGUAGAUAUGUGGUCUGUAGGGUGCAUUUUUGCAGAACUUCUUCAUGGGAAACCUAUCUUUCCUGGAAAAGACGAGCCGGAGCAAUUAAAUAAGAUCUUUGAGCUCUGUGGAGCACCGGAUGAGGUGAACUGGCCUGGUGUUUCUAAGACUCCUUGGUAUAAUCAAUUUAAGCCAACACGACCAAUGAAAAGACGUCUCAGGGAAGUUUUCAGACAUUUUGAUCGUCAUGCUCUGGAAUUAUUGGAGAAGAUGCUGACACUUGAUCCUGCUCAGAGAAUUACUGCCAAGGAUGCACUUGAUGCUGAGUAUUUCUGGACUGAUCCGUUACCAUGUGAUCCCAAGAGUUUACCAAAGUAUGAGUCAUCACACGAGUUUCAGACCAAGAAAAAGCGUCAGCAGCAACGACAAAAUGAAGAAAAUGCCAAGCGUCUUAAAAUGCAGCAUCCGCAACAACAUAGUCGUCUUCCCCCCAUUCAGCAAGCUGGGCAACAACAUGGCCAAAUGCGGCAAGGUCCUAACCACCCUAUUCAUGGAUCUCAACCAACAGUUGCUGGAGGACCUAGCCAUCACUAUGGAAAACCCCGAGGUCCCUCUGGUGGACCAGGAAGAUAUCCACCUGGUGGGAACCCUGGUGGUGGGGGAUACAAUCACCCAAAUCGUGGAGGUCAAGGAGGAGGGGGUGGUGGUUAUGGCAGUGGGCCAUAUCCUCCUCAAGGGCGGGGUGCACCAUAUGGGUCGAGUGGAAUGCCUGGCGGACCUGGUGGUGGUCCUCGUGGUGGCAGUGGGAGUGGCUAUGGAGUUGGAGCACCAAAUUAUUCUCAAGGUGCUCCUUAUGGUGGGUCUGCAACUGGGCGUGGCUCAAACAUGAUGGGUGGUAACCGCAACCAACAGUAUGGUUGGCAGCAGUAAAAUAGUGCUUAUUGACAGUAUGGUUGGCAGCAGUAAAAUAGUGCUUAGUGUGAUUUCGUGAUGGUCUGAAGAGAUGGUGCUUGAUGAACAGUGAUUGAAACUCGGACAUACUGAUGGAUUGAGUUAUUAAGAAAAAGAUAUCACCCUUAUUCAUUGAUUAUUGAUAAAAUAGUUUGAUUACUUGAACUGCAUUUAAGUGUCUGUAAAACACCUAACAUGUUUCUUGUCCUUCAGUCGCAAAGAGACCACUAAAGGGGAGAGAACCACUUGAUGCUUUUUAUAGUUUUUUCAAUAUUUUAUACCUUUGAUUCCUGAGCAGUAUGCUUGAAGAUGUAUAAUAUACUACUGUUGUAGAUGACAUUGUUUUUCUUGAAAUCUUUAACCAUGUUUUCUUUAUUUUUUAUAAUGCUUUGUAAUUAACUUAACGUUCUGUGGUAAUGUGAAGGCGCAAGACAUUAACUUGCCUUCUUUCUACUUUAA